UAGCAAUGCAAGUCUUGUCCUGUAACCUGAGAUUUAUAAACCAGGAGAGGAGAAUUGGUGGAGCUCGGCCAGAUGGUACAGAAAGAGGGGCAGGAAAUGCCCGUCGACCCAUGAACCUUAUCGCAACCAGACUGUCCACUCACCCCCCACGCUGGCUACACUCGCUCAGACCCCAACUGUUAACGUAUCCAGUGUCACAGACUGCUGCCAUUUACCAAAGCAGCACAAGGAUUCACCUUCUUCACUUAGCUGGCUUUGAGGGAGCGAAAGGCGAAACCUACGUAAAACAUACUGCUGAACCUGCCACGUCUGUCACCCCUCACAAUGAAAAUUCCCAUAGUUUGAGCUGUAGCCGUGGCAGAUUUGCAGCAAGUUAAGUACGCUUGAAUAUGUUGUGAACUAUUUCCAUUACAUCGGGACAAGAUAAGGACACAGUUGCUCUCUACAAACCCAGCCUCACUGAAACAGCUCAGAACUGAACACAGGGAGGGAACGCCCUCAGGACGUGGGCCCACCUAGAAGGGAGAUUAAAAGGGAGCUCAACAACUUCCCUGCGAUCUGGCCAUGUUCCAGAGAAGGAAGGCGGAGGCAGCCCUCGGCAUCAAUGUCACUGCGGCCAGAGCUUUGCAGGAGCUGCUCAGAACCAACCUGGGACCCAAAGGCACCAUGAAAAUGCUGGUGUCGGAGGCUGGUGACAUCAAACUGACCAAGAGCGGAGGGCUUCUGCUGCGGGAGAUGAGGCUGCAGCACCCGACUGUCUCCUUCAUCGCCCGGGCGGUGGCAACCUUGAGUGACACCAUGGGAGACGGCACCACGUCCGCCGUGCUGCUGGUCGGGGAAAUGUUGAAAGAGGCCGAGCGGUACAUCUCGCAGGGGGUCCACCCCAGGCUCAUUGUAGAGGGAUUGGAGGUGGCCAAAGAGGAAGCCAUCAGUUGCCUCGAUGAGCUAUGGGAGGACGAGGAGGACUCCAUCAGGAGGAGAGUGGCUCGGACCUCACUUGGCACCAAGGUCUGCCCAGAGCUGGCGGAGGUUCUGACUGAUCUGGUGCUGGCGGCGGUGACUUCGGUCUCUCGGCAGAGAAGGCCCAUUGACCUGAAGCUGGUGGAACUGAUGGUGAUGAGGCACCAGACGGAAUGGGACACCGUGCUGGUCAAGGGGCUCGUCCUGGACCACGGUGCUCGCCACCCUGGCAUGAAGAGGCGAGUGGAGGACGCCUUCGUCCUCGCCAUGAACGUGGCAUUGGAGCACGUGCUCCCGAGGGUCAGCUCCAGCUGCUUCUACAAGGACGCAGAGGAAAGGGAGAGGUUCGUGAAGGCAGAGCGGCAGGUGGUCCAGGAGAAGGUGGAGAAGAUCAUCGCGCUGAAGAGGGAAGUGUGUGGCACCUCUAACAAAGGCUUUGUGGUGGUCAACCAGAAGGGCAUAGACCCAUUGGCACUCGGGGCGCUUGCCAGGGAGGGGAUAGUGGCUUUGCGGAGAGCCAAGAAGAGCAACAUGGAGAGGCUGCCUCUCGCCUGCGGGGGUCAGGUGGUGAGCUCCCUCCAGGACCUGAGCGCAGGGUGUCUGGGUCACGCGGGGCUUGUGUACCAGGAGACCCUGGGAGAGAGCACGUACACCUUCAUCGAACAGUGUGACAAUCCACGGUCUGUCACCGUGCUCAUCAAAGGUCCCAAUGAGCACACCCUCGCCCAGGUCAAGGAGGCCAUCUGGUGUGGCAUGCGCGCGGUGAAGAACACCAUCGAGGACGGUUGCGCCAUGCCUGGGGCCGGAGCAGUCGAGCUACGCAUCAGAAACCAGCUGGUCAACCACCAGAUGGACAAGGUGAGGGGUGUGGCCCGGCCGGGGUUCCAGGCUUUCGCCGACGCCAUCCUGGUCAUCCCGAAGACGCUGGUUCGGAAUGCGGGCUACGACCCCCAGGAGAUCGUGUCCAAGGCUCUGACAGCGGAGGAGCAAAGCACCAUCCCCGUGGGGAUUGACCUAUCCUCGGGUGGGUUAAUCCACGAUUGGGACACUCCUGUAUGGGACAACGCCACCGUCAAACAUCAGCUGAUUCACACCAGCACUGCCAUAGUCAGCAAUCUUCUUCUAGUGGAUGAGAUCGUAGGGAUAGGAAAGCCGACGCCGCCGGUGGAUUUAACCAGAUAAUCAGUCGCCUUCAUUUCCAUGUCGUAUAUUGUCUCACAACAUAGACGGAGAUCAAUGUGCCCAUCGAACUUGUGUUGGCCUUAAGAGUAUUCCUACCAACUCCCCCUGUCCCUCCUACACUAAGGGCAAUUUACAGUGGCCAAUCAACUUGCCUUUGGGAUGUGGGAGGAAACCGGAACCCCCGGAGAAACCCACUCAGUCACAGCAAGAACAUAAAAACUCCGCACAGGCAACACCCAAAGUCAGGAUUGGACCCGGGUCUCUGAAGCUGCACCACCCCACAGCGGUCGAUUUUACCUUUGCAACUGAGGUGGACCAGAUUUGAUUAAAAGGGCACGAAAAUUAUUAAGUGCGAGGAAUAAUCGUGCACUGUUUUGGAAUGCAUGGAUGAGACUGUAACGUCUAAAGUUGAAUAAAUGCUGUCAAUACUCA